UGACCGCCGCCGCAUGAGCUACCACAAUACAUAUAUAAACUCACUACACCACCACCUCUUCUUCCUCACUCCUCCCACUCCUAACUCUCUUUCUCUACAAUGGCUACUUCUGAAACCCAUCUUCUCAAAGAUGAGCUCGAUAUAGUGAUACCCACUAUUAGGAAUCUUGAUUUCUUGGAAAUGUGGAGGCCAUUCUUUGAGCCAUAUCAUUUGAUCAUAGUGCAAGAUGGUGAUCCAUCGAAGACAAUCAAGGUCCCUGAUGGCUUUGAUUAUGAAUUGUAUAAUCGAAAUGAUAUUAAUAAGAUUCUGGGUCCUAAGGCUUCCUGCAUUUCCUUCAAGGAUUCUGCUUGCAGAUGCUUCGGGUACAUGGUCUCCAAGAAGAAGUAUAUAUUCACCAUUGAUGAUGAUUGCUUUGUUGCCAAAGACCCUUCUGGGAAAGAAAUCAAUGCCCUUGCACAGCAUAUCAAGAAUCUACUUUGCCCUUCAACACCAAAUUUCUUUAAUACCUUGUAUGAUCCUUUCCGUGAGGGCGCAGAUUUUGUUCGGGGAUACCCUUUCAGCCUUCGUGAGGGCGUGCCAACAGCUGUUUCUCAUGGCCUCUGGAUGAACAUUCCUGAUUAUGAUGCACCUACACAACUUGUGAAGCCUUGUGAGAGAAAUACAAGGUAUGUUGAUGCAGUCUUGACAAUUCCAAAGGGCACCCUCUUUCCCAUGUGUGGAAUGAACUUGGCAUUCGACCGUGAUCUUAUCGGUGCCGCAAUGUACUUUGGGCUAAUGGGAGAUGGCCAACCGAUUGGACGAUACGACGAUAUGUGGGCUGGCUGGUGCAUCAAGGUAAUUUGUGAUCAUCUUGGAUUGGGAGUCAAAACCGGGUUGCCAUACAUAUGGCAUAGCAAAGCCAGCAACCCAUUUGUGAACCUGAAAAAAGAAUAUCAAGGCAUCUUCUGGCAAGAAGAAAUCAUUCCAUUCUUCCAAGCAGCAACACUUUCAAAGGACUGCACAACUGUUCAGAAAUGCUAUGUUGAACUGUCUAAACAGGUUAGAGAAAAGCUUGGCAAAAUAGACCCCUAUUUUGUGAAGCUUGCAGAUGCAAUGGUCACAUGGAUUGAAGCUUGGGACGAACUCAACCCCAAAAAAUAAAUCAUAUUUGGCUUCGAGAUUUUAAUUAUAGUUCUUAGUCAUAACAAGUAAAUUUUUUAAUAUUUUUUGUUUUGGGUUUGUAUUUAAAUUGUCAGUAGAUUUUCUGUCGGAUUUACACGUUGUUGGGUGUAUUUUUCUAUAAUGUUAGCAGUAAAACUGGAAACAAUGAGCAAAUGUUAGGUCUUUUCUUGUAGCAACUGCGGCAGCCUAAAAUGCUGAUAUUCGGAAGCAAAUGAAAAAUCUCCUGUAACAUGAGAUAUAACUCAAGUUUUCUUUCUUUAUUUUUUUCUUUUUCUUUAUUUUUAUUUCUUCUCUUUCUUUUUGUGUGUGUGUGUGUGUGUUUGGUUAAGCUUAAAAGCUUCUUAAAAACG